AUGAAGAGGUUGUCGUACAAGGAUGGUGUGAUAUUCAAUAGGACUUCUCCUGAUUUGGUAAAGUCCAUGGAGAAGCACUGGAUGGCAGACGACGAAGGCAUCGAGGAGGAGGCUGAUUCCGGCAAUGGUGGUGGUGGUGGUGCAGUUCCCAAAAGGACUAGAUGUAUUGCUCCCUGUCGUGGAUGGCUACUAUUGUAUCCUUAUUAUGAGAGUUCACUAUAUCUCUUCAAUCCUCUUUCAAGAAUGGUUGUCCAUCUUCCACCGCCGCCGGAAUUAAAAAUGGUCACUAAUCCAGAUGUGCUUAGAUUCAUCAUAUCAUCCAUUCCAACUGAUCCAACUUGCAUGGUCUACUUAUAUACCCCGAAUCAGAUUGCUGUUUAUAAACUUGGUGACAGGAAAUGGACGCCUGUUUUCGCUAGUAAUCAUCAUGAAUGGGUUUCCGUCAUAUUUUACCAUGGUAACUUCUACUCGAUUGAUGAGCUUGGUGUGCUCCGACGUUUCUUGUUGGAUAAAUCUUAUUCUAAUUACAAGGAGGAAGAGGUAUGCAAUGGUACUUGUAAUGUCAACCAAUACAGGUACUUGGUGGAGGGGUCGUGGUCUGGUGAAUUGUUGAUGGUUGUGAGGAUUUAUGAACAUCAUAUAUGCAGAACCAAAACCAAGUCGUUUGAGAUUUUUAAGUUAAAUUGGAGUAAUGGUAAAUGGGAAGAGGUGAGUAAUUUGGGUCAUCGAGCUCUAUUCUUGACUACUAAUGAUUCGAAAUUCGUUUCAGUUAGAUAUAAUCCUGAAUAUACACCCAAUUCAAUCUAUUUCAUUGAAGAUACAAAUACAAGGAUGAAAGAUUUCGGAGUGUAUGAUUUGGCAACACGCAACAUAAAGCCAUUACAUCCAUCUCAAAAUCAUAUGCAACGAGCUGUAUAUUAUCGUUGGUUUCAACCGGUCCCAUAA